UUUUUGGAGGAUUAAAUUAUAGGUUUUUAAAUAAUAAAAAGUUAUGUUUACAUAAUUGUUAAAUUUUUAGCUACUUAAUUUUUAAUAUUUUAUUUGUUUAAUUUUUUUAAAAAUGUUAAAUUAGAGAGGGACAAAAAUAUUGAUACAGGGAUAAAAUGAUGCUUGGAUUUCUCACGUGCUACGUUUGCGACGGAGGAAAAUGACAAAUUCGCCGGCCAUCAGUCAUCAUCACCGGCAACAAUUUCACAAGGAAAUGGCCGUGAAGUUCAGCGUCACGUGACCUAAAGCGGCCCAUCGUUUUCCCAGCAUUACAUUCACAAUAUUCCCCUUUGACUACAAUAUCUCGUGGGCCCCACGUGAUAUGUCACGUGACCCCAUGGACCCACUAACCAUCCUAUAUAAACUCUCCAUUUCUCUUCACCACAAAAUCCCGUGUCAAACAAUCGAACACAAAAUCGAAAUGGCGACUAAUGUUCAGAGAACGUCUUCCGCUUCACCGGCGCCGGAGAAACAUAAGGAAGCGAUUCAGUUCAUUGAGAAGAUGACGAGAAACACAGACAAAGUUCAGGCGAACGUUUUGGCUGAGAUACUCAGCCGGAACGCCGACACAGAAUAUCUCCGGCUUUACAAUCUCAACGGAGCCACCGAUCGUGAAACUUUCAAGUCGAAGAUUCCGAUAGUCACUUACGACGACCUGCAACCUAUCAUUCAACGCAUCGCCGAUGGUGAUCGCUCUCCCAUUUUAUCAGCUCAUCCGAUUUCUGAAUUUCUCACCAGUUCUGGUACUUCCGCCGGUGAAAGAAAGCUCAUGCCGACGAUUCACGAAGAUUUGGAUCGACGUCAACUGCUUUACAGCCUUCUCAUGCCUGUAAUGAACUUGUACAUGCCAGGUUUAGACAAGGGAAAAGCUUUAUACUUUCUAUUCGUCAAAUCCGAAACACAGACUCCGGGUGGGUUACUCGCCCGACCCGUUCUCACAAGCUACUACAAAAGUGACCAUUUCAAAACCCGACCCUUCGACCCGUAUAACGUCUACACCAGCCCAAACGAAGCAAUUCUUUGCCCCGAUUCCUUCCAAAGCAUGUACGCUCAGAUGCUUUGCGGUCUGUAUGACCGCAAAGAAGUGCUCCGUAUCGGAGCAAUAUUCGCCUCGAGUUUGCUCCGAGCCAUUCGGUUCCUUCAACUGAACUGGAAGGAACUCUGUCAUGAUAUCCGGACCGGAACUCUCAACGAGACAGUUUCUGAUCCGGAUAUCAGACAGUGUAUGUCUCAGAUACUGAGACCGAAUUCGGAUCUCGCAAAUGUUAUUGAAUCCGAAUGCUCAAAGAAGAAUUGGGAAAGAAUUAUCGUUCGAAUUUGGCCUAAUGUGAAAUACCUAGAAGUAAUUGUGACCGGUACAAUGGCUCAAUACAUUCCAACCCUAGAUUAUUAUAGUGGCGGGUUACCGAAAGUUUGCACAAUGUAUGCAUCUUCCGAAUGUUACUUCGGGAUUAACCUCAAUCCAUUGUGUAAACCAUCAGAAGUUUCCUACACAAUUAUGCCAAACAUGGCAUAUUUCGAGUUCAUACCCCACAAUCCACAUUCAGUGUCAACCGACAAUGUGGUUGAUCUAGCGAAUGUGGAAAUAGGGAAAGAGUAUGAACUCGUGAUCACCACCCAUGCAGGUCUUUACAGAUACUGUGUGGGUGACAUACUGCGUGUCACCGGGUUUCACAACUCUGCACCACAGUUCCAUUUUGUGAGACGAAAAGACGUGUUGUUAAGCAUCGAAUCCGAUAAGACUGACGAAUCCGAACUACAAUCUGCCAUUGAAAACGCGUCCAAAUUGUUGAAGAAGUUCAACACGAGUGUGGUCGAGUACUCGAGCUAUGCGGAUACCGAAACAAUCCCGGGUCAUUAUGUGAUAUUUUGGGAGUUGUUAGUGAAGGAUCCAAUGAUACCCAAGGAGGAGGUGAUGGAGCAAUGUUGCUUGGCUAUGGAGGAAUCAUUGAAUGCUGUGUACAGACAGGGUCGGGUUGAGUGCAAUUCAAUCGGGCCGUUGGAGAUCCGAGUGGUGAAAAGUGGUACGUUUGAAGAGUUGAUGGAUUAUGCUAUAUCAAGAGGUGCAUCUAUUAACCAGUAUAAAGUGCCGAGGUGUGUAAGCUUCACACCUGUAAUGGAGUUGCUGAAUACGAGGGUGGUGGCCUCGUAUUUCAGUCCGAGUUUGCCGUUCUGGAGUCCGGAACGUCGCCGGUGAGGUUGUGGGUUGACAUGAAAUUGACUUAUUUAGUCUGAGAUGAAUAAUGUGAUUGAUAUCGAGCAUGCGUGAAAUUUAAUGAAAUAUAAAUAAAAUAAGAUGUG